AUGCUGUACCCGAAAACUGAUGAUGAUAACAAUCAACAAACAACUGAAAUUCCGAAUUCGAGUAAUGGUCGAAAAUGUAUUGUGUGCUUUCGAUUCAUUGACAAGGCAGACUAUGUGAAUCACGUGCAGAUGUGCUGUGAAUCAGCAACAGUUACAAAGAAGACUAAGCCGUGUAUCAUUUGCUCAAAGGAUAUUGCGGAAAAAGAAUACAUCUCUCACGUAAAUGCAUGUCUUAAUCAAUCAUCAUCUCAGUCGCGUUCGACACGAUCACUCACAAAUGGCAGCCAUACAUGUUUUAUAUGGUGAGUAGAGCGUUCACAUUGAAUUAGAAUGCAUUCAUUGUUUCAAAUUCUUUACGAAUCGUGUUUGAAGAUCUUCUGAAGUAGAAUUCAACACAUCAUAAUUAUGGCUUUAGGUCUUUCUCCUUGAAUCAGGUCAGACUCAAUUUUUCUAUGCUCUACUGUUUGGAAAUCGAAUGAUUUUUCCUAAGAGCUGCUGAAUCAGACAAAAAAAAGCUAAUCAUUCGACAGUCAUUCGCUAUCGACCUCAAUCGCUUGGGAAAAAUUUCGCUUUAGUUCUAAAACCAGUAUCAAGUCAAACAUAAAUUCGCUACGGAGCAUCGAUCUACUACACUAACGUUGAAGUCACUAAAGGUGGUCAAAUGAGACCUUUUCACUAGUGAAAUUUUCGUCGUCCAAAGACAGAAAAUCACUUCUCUUUGUAGAAUUAGUACUAUUUAAUAUCAAAAUUGAAGAAGAACACUGUCAAUAGUGUCAAUUUGAAAAAACUUCCAGCCAGUCUCUGCAGAAAUAAUAUGUGAAAGACAAAGAGACCACUUUAAAUAUAGCCGAGAAACUCAACUACGUCUAUAAUAGUAUUGUCAGAAACUA